AUGGCCUCGGUCCGGCCGAAAGCCUGCAAUCAAGUGACUGGGAGGUACAAGGGAGGCGGUUUAGAAUCGCCUCCAACAAAUAAGCUCCACACGUCCCCUCCGGAAGAACGGAAGUUCUCCCAAAAAAACCAUGGGACUAGAGGAACUUGCGACAGUAGAGGUGUUGGUGGAGUUGACGUCGUCAACACGAGUAUGGCAAAGAAGAUCGACUCUUUCGAACAACUUACGACCCGAAUCGGACGUCUGCUGAUGAGAAGAUGUGGUCCAACACCAGCUUUGACUAUCUUCGUCGCUUACGCUCCAAAAUCACACUACGGAGAAGAAGAAGAAGAAGUCGAAGCUUUCUCUAUGGAUCUGGAAAAGUUCUACCGAGAUCAUGCCUGCCUGAAGAUGAUGACCGGCUUGUUGGACACCUUCACAACUGCACGAAGGGGAGAGGCGAUAAAGGAAGACCUUAAAGAGAAAAGAACAGAAGCGAUGGCUGAAGCUGCGGGGAAAAGCAUCCGCUAUGCCCGUCGAAACUUUGCCAGUCGCAAGACGAGGAUGACUGCUCUCCGGAACCCGAAGGGAACAACAAUUGCAUCGAGAAAGUGGAUGAAGAAAAUCAUCUACGACUUCUACUCUGAUCUCUUCGACAGCCGUACCAGCAAGACCUUGUUGUUGUAUAAAAAGGGAGAUCCACAUGACAUCGGCAACUAUCGCCCAGUCUGCUUACUGUCCGUCAUCUACAAGCUCUUUACAAGAGUGAUUCUUAAUAGGAUUGAAAAGUCUUGGAUGAAGGACAGCCAUGCUAGCAAGCAGGGUAUCACGAGAGUACAAGAUGCCGCUCUGUCUCACCUUCAUCGACUUGAACAAAGCCUUGACUCAGUUGAGACGGAAACGGUCAUGGAAGCCAUAGACAAAGAAGGUCCCUACUCAGUACAUGAAGGCACCCUCGAGAACGCAAGGCGAAAGUUGGAAUGGGACGACAUGGAAGUGAAGGUUGAUGGUCGGCAGCUAUACCACUUGCGCUUUGCUGACGACGUCGUACUGAUAACACCUAACAUCAGCGAAGCGGAACGAAUGCUGGUCGAAUUUUGA